CUGCUACUUACUCAAUACAAAAACAAACGACAAAUAAUGGCUGAGUUUCCUUUAUUCUGAUUGCAAGAGCAUAAAGUUGCCUCUUGUUUCAAACAUGAAGCAAAAUGUAGUUAUACAGUUGCAAAUGGACUGUGACAAAUGCAGAAACAAAGCCAUGAAAAUUGCUGCAGAAGUCAAAGGCGUGACUGCAGUGUCACUUGAAGGGGAUGACAAAGAUCGUGUGUCGGUGACCGGUGACAAUGUGGACAUGGUUUGCUUAGCCAACCAGCUGAAGAAGAAGUUCCGCUCUGUCAUCAUUCUGACUGUGGAAGAUCUGAAGAAAAAGGAGGAAGAAGAGAAGAAGAAAAAGGAGGAAGAGAAGAAAAAAAAGGAGGAAGAAGAGAAGAAGAAAAAAGAAGAAGAAGAGAAGAAGAAGAAGGCAAUCUGUGCUGCUUUGUGUCAUGGUAAUUGUGGUAAAUGUUCCAAGUAUGAGAGUAGUUGCAAGUGUUCUUCAGAAGAGCUCUGUGUGAUCAUCGAUUGCUCAAAGUGCCAAAAUUCAAAGUGCGAUGGUGAUUGUAAGCCCUGCUCCAAUUGCCACAACAACAAGUGCCAUGGUUGCAAACCCUCUCCACCACCAAGCUAUUAUCCAUAUCCAACUUAUAACCCUUAUCCUCCUAAUUAUUGCCAUGUGGUUUAUGAUCCAUGCCCUAAUGAAACUUGUUCCAUCAUGUGAUUGUGAUCCUCUUGGAAAUAUCAUGCCUGAAUUUGCUACCAUCUUUUGUAUUACUCCCACCAUCUUUUGUAUUACUCCCCCGUUACGAAAAUAUAAGUUGUUUUAGCAUUUGGACUA